UUUCACUGGGAUUUUGCCGCAGUACUCGGCGAGGAAGGAGCAUCGGUACCAAAACGUCCGUGUGGCAAGAUUAAAAAAGUUUGAUGAGAGGGCUGCUCUUUAUCUUUUUUUCUUUCUCUUUAGUGUAUUUCAAUGAAGAAUUUAAAAGAGUGGAAAAGUUUUUUCCUCUCCAGCAGGUGUCACCAUACGUUUAGAGCUCGGCUCCGUGCGUGUGAGACCCCGUCCCCUCUGCUAACAGACGAGAGAAGAUCAUCCAGCCACUUGAGUGUCCGGACACUUUGAUCCACGUCCUCAACUGAGAGUCAGUCCGACAGGUAACGAAGUAAAGUGGAAGUGACGGCACUGACUGUUCAGAGAUAAGAUGUUUGACUCCGGAAACACAAGAGAAAUGACUGAAGACUGUCUUACAGCAAGCCCUCAGGACACCAGAGAUGCAAGAAUGUCGAUUCCAAAGGCUCCUUUGGACGCAAACAAGGAGUACUCCACAAUGGUCUUUUCCUCCCCUUCCCACUCCUUGAGGCUGAAGUAUAUGUCUCUGGGGGUGUUGGUGUUGCAGACCACCUCGCUGGUGCUCACUAUGCGCUACUCCCGCACACUGCAGGAAGACGGUCCCCGCUACCUGGCCUCCUCCGCCGUGGUGUCGGCAGAGGUGCUCAAGAUCCUGGCCUGCAUCCUCCUCGUCUUCAGGGAGACCAACUUCAGUGUGCAGGCCAUGAACCAGCUGCUGAAGGAGGAGAUUGUGAAAAAGCCCGCGGAGACCAUGAAGUUGGCCAUUCCUGCAGGGAUCUACACACUGCAGAACAAUCUGCUCUAUGUUGCCUUGUCCAACCUGGACGCAGCCACCUAUCAGGUCACAUACCAGCUGAAGAUUCUCACCACAGCCUUGUUUACUGUCUCCAUGCUGGGGAAGAGGUUGGGCUUCUACCAGUGGCUGGCACUGCUCUUCCUCAUGGCUGGAGUCACUCUAGUACAGUGGCCCACAAACACUGGAGAAGACUCUGAGCAGAAGGAUUUGUCCGCAGGCUCCCAGUUUGUGGGACUGAUGGCUGUGCUGAUGGCCUGUGUGUCAAGCGGCUUUGCAGGAGUUUACUUUGAGAAAAUCCUCAAGGAGAGUAAACAGAGCGUGUGGCUCCGUAACAUACAGCUGGGUGUGUUUGGCUUUAUGUUUGGCUUGGCAGGAAUGAUAGUGUACGACGGCCAGAGGGUGAGAGAGUCUGGAAUGUUUCAGGGCUACAACACCAUCACCUACACAGUUGUUGUUUUACAGGCUCUGGGCGGGUUGGUCGUCGCAGUGGUCAUUAAAUAUGCAGACAACAUCCUCAAAGGAUUCGCCACCUCUGUGUCCAUCAUCACGUCUGCAGUCAUUUCAUAUUUCCUGUUGGAGGACUUUAAUCCCACUGGUCUUUUUUUCCUAGGGUCGCUGCUGGUUAUAACUGCAACGUUUCUUUAUGGCUACGAUCGCAAACCUGUCAGCAUUAGUGCCAUCAAAGUAUAACCACAUACCUCGAUUAACCAUGCUACCUGUCAGAGGAGACAACUGGCACCCGGCACAGACUGAGCAGGGCUCUGUGAACUGUGACAGUGAUUUUGGCAGGAAUUACCGAUGUGGGGAAACAUGGAAGAGCUGAUAAGAUAAUGAUAAGAGCUGUUACUGCCAAACAGCUGCAGCAGGAGACUGCUGAGAUGGGAUGAGCCUAAUUACUCCUCUGGAAAUAUGCUGUUUUGCACAAAAUAUGGUGAUUGAUGAUGUUAAUAUAUCUGUGUGUGUGUGUGUGUGUGUGUGUGUGUGUGUGUUUUUUUUUAAGGUUUUUCUUAUAAAAUACUGACAGGAGUACUGUAGAUCUAACUUAACAUAUCAUCAAACAAUGUUGCAGUGAAUCUAACAUACUGUAUGACUAAAUGAUCUCAUGGAAAUGCACUGUUUGUAUGUUUAAAGGGAUCUUGUUGUGGUCAGGAUGAAAGCAUGGCUUGUGUAUUUAUAUGCUAUGGGAUGUGAGGAAAAUGGGUGUAUUUCUAAAACAAAAAGGGUAUCAACGGUGAUGAGAGGGUUGGAAAAUCCAUGACAGAGCUUCCAUCUAGUGGUGGAACGAGGAACUAACUUGCUGCAAAGAGGAGAGAUUACCUCUGUUCAAAGAUGCUGAAUAUUCUUUUUUCGAUGAGAUGAGAUGGGAUAUGACUGCUCUGACCUUGCUGCUCACAGUCUGAGUAUUUAUAUCAAAAGCACUUGCUCGACUGUUAUUUAAAUGCAAAACGAAGGUCUUUUACAGAAGAACAAAUGCAUAAAUUAAAGCAUCUUUCAUGCGGACACAA